GCUACAAAGCCUGCAAAAAAUAAUUCAAUUUUUAUAAAUUUUGAUAUAUAAAGUAAGAGCAUCUCCAAUGAGAUGCUUUUAACAGUCAAAAAAAUGAGCCACGUAAUGUUCUGCUAAAGUGUUUCAAUAUUUUUGCUCCAAUGCUCUCUUUAUUCGGAGAAGUUAUGCUGAGUUGUCACAAUUUAAUGUCAACAGUUUCAAACCCACUUUCCCAUUCUCAAAAGCCAGUUAUACAGCGUGAGUCAGCAAAUUAAUUCUCCGCAAAAACUACCCAGAUGGUAAAAUAGCGCUUAUUUCACAAAUUUCGUAAAAUCUGGCGCCUAUCUCCCAAAAAAUGCCGCCAAUUAUAUUUGAUAGAGAAGCCGGCAAUAUAUAAUCAUCUUCGGCCAUACCUGGGAAGCUAGAAAUUCUUUUUCCAUCCUAUUCAAUUUUUCUGCCCUAGCUUCCAAAUGUUGAUCGGUCAUGUACCCCAAUCCCAGGAGUCCGAAAAUCAAAACUAAAAGGAGUUUUCUGCCUCUGUAGCGGGGAUUGACCAGGGAGUGUUGGUGAUCCGUGGGAAGUAUUACAACACCUAAAAAUGGACUCACAAGACAAUGUUAAUCUUUCAUUUUCUAGCAUUAGUGAAUCUGCCAAUUACACAAUGCCAUCCUAUAAUUUGAACCAGUUCAGUCCGUUGAACAUUCCGAUGCAGCCUAUGUAUCAUUUUGAUCAAAGUAAUGGAUCAUAUGCUAUUCAUGUUGAUCAACAAAAUGUGCCUAGAUUCUCCUUUCAAAACAUGAUGAAUACUCCUGCUGCUACUCAAAACUGUGAGACUAUGAAUGGAUCAACUAAGAGGGUUAAGCACAUUAAAGACCCCAAUGCCCCUCCACUUGCAAAACUUAAGAACGACUGGACAUCAGAAGAGGAGAUUGCAUUGACAGAGGCAUGGUUGCAUAUAUCUAUGGAUGCUGAUGUUGGAACUAAUCAAAAGAGUACAGCUAUGUGGAAUCGUAUACUAGAAGUCUGGAAGGAGAAAAUGGGACCUGGGCAUAAAAAAUCUAGAAAUAAUAACAGUAUACAGUGUCAUUGGUUCCAGAUUCGAGGUGCAGUAUCCAAGUUUGUUGCGAAAUAUGAGCAACUAGAAAGAUAUCCAAAAAGUGGUAGCAACUCAGAG